UGCAGUGAGCCCAGAGUUAUGUGUAUUUAGCCACAACAGUAUUAAUGGGGAAUAUGGAGAAUGUGUUUUUGACAAGAAUUUGAUCAUAUUAUCUAUCAGACGAAUUAAUGUCGCAGCCAGAAAAUGUUAUUUUAUUAUCUAAAGUACUAAAGUUUUGGAACAUUCGAAUUUGCCGCCAUCGUUUCAUGCAAGAUUCGUCUUUCAGCCGUUUAAAUAAGACGACAACGUUAUUCCACACGAUAUCUAUCCAGUCUUGUUCAAAGGAACCGAGGGAAAGGAAACACAUAAGCCCGCUGCUUAGUGUGUAUACAAAGCCAUACCCUCGCUAUUCUACUGAAAAGGAUAUAUUUCUUUAAAGCAAGGAGAGGGAUCAGCAUGCCAUUCCUGAGAGCUGCCCUAAUUUUCCUCGCAGUGCUGCUGCCGGGGACCGAGUCAUCCGGGGGUACCUGGUGCUAUGCUGCCCAGGAUGCAGAAUGUGCUCCUGCACACUGGAAAGUCUUGGAUCAUCAGUGUGGAGGUGUAAAUCAGUCUCCCAUUAAUGUUGACCGCAAGAAAGCCAGAAGGAGCAAUGAGUUGGAUGCAUUUGUUUUCAAGGGUUACAACGUCACCCCAGCAGGGGCCUGGUCAAUUGUAAACAGUGGACAUGCAGUGCAGGUGAACCUUGGAUCGGGCAUCUCUGUGAGUGGGGCAGGCCUGCCUGCAGAGUACAAUGCUUUACAGUUUCAUUUCCACUGGGGCAAGCCUAAUGGGAAUGGGUCAGAACACCAGCUGGAUGGAAAUCGGUAUCCAAUGGAGGUCCAUAUUGUCCACAUGCAUUCCAAAUAUACUGAUAUAAAAGUUGCUGUGACAGAUCCCAAUGGGUUAGCAGUGUUGGGCUUCUUCUUCAAGGUGUCCAAAACGGAUAACCCAAACUACAACACAAUUAUCGAUGGAUUGCAGAGUGUUCGCUAUAGUGGUGAUUCGGUGGAUUUGGCCUCUACGUUCCGUCUGGACAGUCUGCUUCCUUCAGAAAACCUCCUGAGCAGAUAUUACCGGUACUGGGGCUCUCUCACCACUCCAGGCUGUGCUGAGGCAGUUAUCUGGACUGUGUUUGAGGAUCCCAUCCCCAUUAGCAGCGCCCAGUUAAGUGCCUUUGUGAACUCUGUGCAUUUCUCGGCCAGUGGGCAGACGGAAGUGAAAAUGCAAGACAACUUCCGCCCUGUUCAGGCUUUGAACAGUCGUAGGAUUUAUGCUUCAAAGCAGGCUAGCUUGAGCAGCAGCACUAGUCCUGCCCUUUCUAGUGUCCUUCUGUUUCCUUUACUGGCCAUCAGGCUGCUGUAAAUGCUAUCUUGUUCACAAGCCAAUAUUUGUGAAUACUGUUUGAAGGUCAGUAAACAUGUUCUUCCAAAACUUGGAAAGAAGGAUCCACAUCAAGUUUUACAUUUUAUCAAAGUUUUUUAUAAUAUGAGUUGUUUAAGUGAAUGCAUAUUAUAUAAUAAGAUAGAUUAGGAAUAUACAUAACUGUACAUAUGUUAUUGAUUUAGUAAAGGAAAGCCUAAUGUAGAUGCUUUUAAAAAUAUUUAUGUAAAAUACUCACGAUGCACUGUCUGGAAGUGAAAAUAAAAGUAAUUUUAAAACGUGUGUUUUGUACUGUUAAUAUUGUCACGCUCCAUAAACAAGUCAAAUUGAAAUGA